AGGAAAGGUGCGCACAGGCUCCGUCCCAUCCUCUGGAAAUACGUCUUCCACUUGGACUCAUCUGGUGUUUGCUACUUCUAUCACGUUAUCGUGUUGUUCAGGAGAACUUCCUGCGGCAUUAAUGGCUUUAACUUCGGUGAGCAACAGCUGAGGAUUGAAGGUGAAUCAACACAAGAGUCUACAAAAGCCCUCAGCUUUCUCAUUAAGAACAAUGUGGGACGCCAGAGAAGACCAUGGAAGUACAGUCGGACAAGCUGCUCGGCUUUAAUAAACUCGCAGCGCUUCACUGAUGGAGUUUAGUCCACUUUUUCUCCGUGGGAAGUUUCUUUUGUCUCCCAGUGAUGGACGGAGGACAGUCGUCAUGGACUCUCACACCUGAGUGUGCAGCCUCUGUCAACACAUGAGAGGAGGAACCGUGUUUUGUCUGAUGGGAUCUCGAGGUGUGUCCGACAGCAGCAGGACUAUGGGGAUCAGACAUGGGACAAAGAUCCAGCAUCACUCCAAACCCAUCCACAAAAUAUACUUCACUUUUAUUCUGCUUCUGCUCAUUUUCACACCGAGAGUGGAUUCUUCGUGGUGGUACAUCGGGGCGCUGGGUGCUCGGGUGAUCUGUGACAACAUUCCCGGCCUGGUGAACAAGCAGCGGCAGCUCUGCCAGCGGCACCCGGACCUGAUGCAGUCCAUUGGGGAGGGAGCCAAAGAGUGGAUCAAAGAGUGCCAGCACCAGUUCAGGAACCACCGCUGGAACUGCAGCACGCUGGAGCGAGACCACACUGUGUUUGGCAGAGUGAUGCUGCGAAGCAGCCAAGAGGCAGCGUUCGUGUACGCCAUCUCCUCCGCAGGGGUGGUCUACGCCAUCACCAGGGCCUGCAGCGUGGGGGAGCUCAAGAUCUGCAACUGCGACGGCCACAAGCGUGGACAAGCGAGCGACGACAAGGGGAAUUUUGACUGGGGUGGAUGCAGCGACAACAUCAACUAUGGCAUAAAGUUUGCCAAAGCUUUCGUAGACGCCAGGGAGAGGAUGGUGAAAGACGCCCGCGCACUAAUGAACCUGCACAACAACCGGUGUGGUCGGAUGGCGGUGAAGCGGUUUAUGAAGCUGGAGUGCAAGUGUCAUGGGGUCAGCGGCUCCUGUUCUCUGAGAACCUGUUGGCUGGCCAUGUCGGACUUCAGGCGAACUGGAGACUACCUGCGCAAGAAGUACAACACGGCCAUCGAGGUGACCAUGAACCAGGACGGGACGGGUUUUACGGUGGCCGACAGGGACUUCAAGGGAAGCACCAGGAAUGAGUUAGUAUACGUGGAGAACUCGCCAGAUUACUGUCUCAUGGACCGAGCCGCUGGCUCCUUGGGAACAUCGGGCAGAGUGUGCAACAAGUCUUCGAGAGGCACGGAUGGCUGUGAGGUCAUGUGCUGUGGGCGGGGCUACGACACCAUGCGAGUCAAGCGCGUCACCAAGUGCGAGUGCAAGUUCAAGUGGUGCUGCGCUGUGGAAUGCAAAGACUGUGAGGACAUGGUGGACAUUCACACCUGCAAGCCCCACAAGCGACCGGACUGGCUGGACAUAACCUAAAAAAGGAGACGUCACCAACCACUGACUCGUUAACCCCUGCGCUAAUGACUGCAUUUUAUUAUGAGAUUGAUUGGGUUCCUUUAACUGUAAUACCUCGGACUUUUGAGCCUUUGACACUUCAGAAGCUUUUUGCUAAACUGGGAAAUAUAACCAGUUACUGUGUGUUGAUACGAUCCAAGAACAAUUUGUUUAAGAAAAAAAAAAAUAUGACUUGUAAAUGCAUCGUUUGUUUAGGAAGAAAAAUUAUGUCUGUUGAUUAACAGUAUGUAAAGACGAUGUGAGCACAUGAUUGAGCUCAAACUCAGGAUCAUAGUAAUGAUCACAAUAGGAAUGUUUGCCUGAGGAAAUGGAGAUGGAAAUAUCGUUCAGCUUUUGUACAAACACUGACACAUUUAAAUGACAUUAAACCAUUGUAUGGUUCUGCAACAAAUCAUGUAAAAAACACAAAGACUCGUUGUUUCUGAUUAAUAGAACUCGAACAAACUUAAAAAAUGGACAAAUAUCGCACUGUGAAAUCAAAGGAACAAAAAGCAGGAGAACAAGAAUGUACUUCCAGUUAAAACAGCAGUGUUGGAGUUCAGUUGGUUCUCAGGGGGUAAAAGGGCACACCAAUAGCAAAAAUGUAGUGCAGUAAAGUUUUAAAUGGACUGUGGAUUACUGUCUAUAAUUCACCAGUUUCACACUGUAUCCUACAUAUCUGAAUGUCAAUAACUAACUAACUAACUAACAGGAGUUGUCUAAUUCAAAUAGUUAACACUUUUACCACAGCUAGCAACUGUCCAGACCGUAGACUAUAUAUAAAGACAUGAAACUAAUAUCCUGGAUUCUGUGCUGUAGUGAUUGUGGUGUGGAGCAACCGUAUCAAGCUCCUGCCGAGACACGCACUUGACCGGUUGCAAGUCAGUCUCAGUUGUCAAUGAUGACGCUUCAACCUGUUUUUAGCACAUUCAUCCAUCGUCUUCCGCUCUUCUGGGAUCUGGUCGCCAAGUCGGGUGUCCUGAACGACCCUCUCCAUAGCAGAACUUUCCAGCUCUUCCUAAGGAAUUCUGAGGCAUUCCUAGACCAGAUGGGAUAUGUAGUCCCGCCAGCAAGUUCUGGGUGUAGAACUUGCUGGCCCAGGGUCUCCUCCCUGUUGGGCGUGCCCAGUAGAC